UCCGUCUCUAGUGUGGGUGCGUUAGUAAUAGUUUAUCCAGAAUAUGAAUUAAGCAGAAUUAGCCCGGAACGCCGACGCCCACAAAUUCCCACAAAUCGUCGUCCUUUCAGCGCUGCAAGAGUAACCCGGAAACUGGAAGCUGGAAAGUUCGAAACCACCGACAAACCCAAGAUAAAUUCAACAGUCAGCCAGACCUCCGCUCCUGUGUGUGUGUGUGUGCGUGCGUGUGUGUGUUCGUGUGUUGUGUCUGCUGCAGUGUUGGAGAGAGCGAGACGUACGAUUGCAAGGGAGUCGAGCUUUGCGAAAAUUUGCCAGUCUAUUUUCAAUUUUCUGCACCAAAUCGCCGUCUUAUCGGCCAGCCAGCCAUUAGAUCUGAUUGAAAUGAGCGUGCGGCUUGAUUUCUCUACGCAAAUCCGCUAAUAAAGCAAAAACAUAUCUGCACUAGUGGAGCCGAAAAAAGAGAAACACCUAAUCAAAGGAAAUUAAAUAACAAGGCGGCGGCAACAACACUUACAUAAAUUAACUCGCAACGCAACAACACUAAUAACAAUAGCUUAUCACACAGCAACAAAAACAUCAUCAUCAGCAGUAGCAACAGCAAGAACAACAGCAGAAACAACAGACCAGCAGCCAGCAAGAACAACAGUUUAUCUCAGAUACUCAGCCGGCUGCACUAGUGCGAGCGAGAGGGCCGUAGUUGGGGCGAAAGAGAGAGUGCGCUCCCGAGAGAGAGUGCGAAAGAAAGAAAGAGAGAGAGCGCGCAGGGAGUGUGCUCCUGUGUGUGUGAGUGUGGGAGCAGGCAGCAGAAAAAAAGAAAACAAAAGUAUAUUUUGCAUUGUUCGACGCGCCUAACUGUAAAUAUAAAAGCACUUGCAAAAACAAGGAAAAACACAGAAAAACAGCGAAAAAACGACGAAAAAUGGCACGCGGCUUCGAUCAUCUGUUCAAGCUGCUAAUAAUCGGCGAUAGCGGCGUGGGCAAGUCGUCGCUGCUCAUCCGGUUCUCGGACGACACAUUCUCGGGCAGUUACAUCACCACCAUCGGCGUGGACUUCAAGAUCCGCACCGUGGACAUCGAGGGCAUGCGCGUGAAGCUGCAGAUCUGGGACACGGCCGGCCAGGAGCGCUUCCGGACGAUCACUAGCACCUACUACCGCGGCACCCACGGCGUCAUCGUCGUCUACGACGUGACGAACGGCGACUCCUUCGCGAACGUCCGCCGCUGGCUGGAGGAGAUCCAGAACAACUGCGACGUGGUCAAAAAAGUAUUAGUGGGCAACAAGAACGAUGAUCCGGACAGGAAGGUGGUCAUAACCGAGGAUGCGCAGCGGUUUGCGAAACAAAUGGACAUCGAACUGUUCGAGACUUCCGCCAAAGACAACAUAAACGUGGAGAACAUGUUCUUGUCGAUCACGCGGCAGGUGCUCGACCACAAGCUGCGCACCUCCCCCAACGAGCAGCAGAAGGACACGCUCCACCUGAAGCCCAAUCCCAAGGGCAGCAAGGGUGGGAAGUGCUGCAGGUGAAAGCGGCUCCGGCACGGGAGCUGGCAUUGCAACUGGACCGACGGCGACGGCGGCGACGGCGGCGGCGGCGGGACGGGGAUUGGAGCCGGAAUUAGGACCAGGACCUGGAUCAACUCUGGGGGCGGACGGAAUCGUUGUGGGGGCGCGUAGUUUGUAGGGUUCUUGGCGUACGAUGCGGCAUACACACUCACUCACAUAGACAUAGCUAACACCACCAAACAACCAACAACAAGAAACCAGAAACCACGAACAACACAAGACAACAACACUCACACCCACUAGAGACAACAAUUUUUUUGUUUUGUUUUUUUUCCUCCUGAGUUUUAUUCGGAAUAAUGCCAGAUAGCCGUAAAUUAAAGUGUAAAAGUGUAAAGCGCAAUUAAAUGUAUUUAGCAAUUUAUAUACAUAUUAAUAUAUACAUAAACAAAAUUGAAACAAAUCGCAUAUUUAUAUACAAGAAUAUAUUUAUAUUUCAAACGGAAAA